GGGAAAGGUCAAUACCUACAAGCUAGUUAGUAACUCCACGAAACAUUUUAUUUUUAGUGAAGAACGUGAACAUACUUGAAACCAAAACCAUUUUCCUUUCCUUUUUUUUCAUUUUUUUUAAAAAGUAAGUUGUUUAGAAAUUGAAGAAUGAUGAACAAACCACGCUGCAGAAGAAGCUCUACUUUGGUUCUUCUCUGGAUCAUCGUUUUUUGGCACCAAAUAUUAUCAGUAGUUUGCGAAAGAGUGCAGCAGCAGUUCAACAAUGAAGAUCAGAAACUAUCUUUCUUUCAAUUAUUAUCAACCUCCAUUGAUUUGUUCAAGAGAUCUCAUCUAUCUUUUUGGCAAAACUUCAAAUCCGUUAUCUAUCAAUUCCAGUUGCACUUCGCCCCUCCAAAUCUUGAUUUUAGAAGGAGGGACACAAUAGAAGGAAAGGAAUCAGAGAGUGUGCGAGAAAAUAUGAAAGAAGCAGUGAAGAAGAGCAUUAGAACAGGAGAAGCAGCACUUAAAGGAACUGCGAAAUCAGCUGCAAAAGUUGUUCAAAAGACUGCUGAUAAGGUCAAGAAGAAAAAGAACACAGUCUCUCAAUCUCAUGAUGAGCUUUAGAUUUUUACACGCAUUUUCACUGUUAGUAAAAAGCUUUUAUGAUAUUUUUACAGGUAAAAAAAAAUCCAAAAAAGGAAAAAACUAAAAAUUUUGUUUUUUCGACUCCAAAACAUACUUCUAAUUAAAAUUCAUUUUAGAAAUUUAAACUCAAAGAAGAACUUUAGAGAAAAUAGCUUUUACUUUUAUUAUUUAAAACAUUUUUUGUUAAAAUUUCAAUUUAUCUUCCCUACCAUAUAGUAAAGUAAUUUAGGUGAGUUUAUCGUUUUAAGUAAAUUAUAAUUUUUGUUAAGUGAAUUUCUUAAUAAUAAACACUCUUUCUCUAUCUUUGAUGGAACAUGCAUUCUUGAUUCCCUUGUCAAUCCCUUUGUCAUCUUAUAAAAUAUCAAAUUCAAGAUCAAGAUUCAUGAUUCAUGAUUUAUUCAUCUUGAUUUGAUUCAAUAUUAUAGUCCAACUCGACUCCAUUCAAAUAUGCUCCUAAAUCGAACUCAUCACUCUAACCCGAACUCAAAGCCCUCACAAGAAAAGUUAGGAUUCGAACACUUAACCCAACCAUAAGCUCUAAAAAGUCGAAUGAAAUUUGCCCAAUAGUUUAUUAUCACAUCAAGCUACUGGAGAAUGUAGGACAAUCUCAAGUAUAAGUUCUUCAAAACGAAUCGAAUUGACCGAAAUAUCCAUGAAAAACCGAAUUAACUGAACCAAACUUAGUAUGUUUUCUUAGGUAUUUUAGUUUUCUCACUGACAUUAGGUUGGGUUUGAAAACUUUAAUUGAAUAUGGAUACGUUUAAAUAUAAAAAAUAAUAUAAUUUAUUCAUUUCUUUAAAAUUAAAUGU